AUGGCGCCCUCGGGCCCGGGCGGCGUCAGACGGCGGUGCCGGAGGGUCCUGUACUGGACCCCGGUGGUGUUCAUCGGCCUCUUGCUGGGGUGGUCCUACUACGCCUACGCCAUCCAGCUAUGCCUAGUGUCCAUGGAAAACAUUGGAGAACAAGUUUUGUGCCUGAUUGCUUAUCACCUACUGUUUGCAAUGUUUGUCUGGUCAUACUGGAAAACUAUCUUUACAUUACCAAUGAAUCCUUCGAAAGAAUUCCAUCUCUCUCAUGCAGAGAAAGAACUGCUGGAGAGAGAGCCAAGAGGAGAAGCGCAGCAGGAAGUUCUCAGGCGAGCAGCCAAAGACCUGCCCAUCUACACCAGGACCAUGUCUGGAGCAAUCCGAUACUGUGACAGAUGCCAACUUAUAAAACCAGACCGUUGCCAUCACUGUUCCGUCUGUGACAAAUGUAUUUUAAAGAUGGAUCAUCAUUGCCCAUGGGUGAACAAUUGUGUUGGAUUUUCAAAUUACAAAUUUUUCCUCCUCUUUUUGGCAUAUUCUCUGCUAUACUGCCUUUUUAUUGCUGCUACGGAUUUACAGUAUUUUAUCAAAUUUUGGACAAAUGGUCUACCUGAUACUCAAGUCAAGUUCCAUGUCAUCUUUUUAUUCUUUGCUGCAGCUAUGUUUUCUGUCAGCUUGUCUUCUCUGUUUGCCUAUCAUUGUUGGCUAGUCAGCAAAAAUAAAUCUACAUUAGAGGCAUUCAGAAGUCCGGUAUUUCGUCAUGGAACGGAUAAGAAUGGAUUCAGCUUGGGUUUCAGUAAGAACAUGCGUCAAGUUUUUGGUGAUGAGAAGAAGUAUUGGCUGCUACCCACUUUUUCAAGCCUCGGCGAUGGCUGCGCUUUCCCAACUUGCCUUGUUAACCAGGAUCCUGAACAACCAUCUACUCCUGCAGGGCUGAAUCCAACGGCGAAAAAUCCUGAAAAUCACCAAUUUCCAGCAAAACCAUUGAGAGAGUCCCAGAGCCAUCUUCUUACUGAUUCUCAAACUUGGAUAGAGAGUACCUCAAACCCAGGAAAAGGCAAAUCUGGUAUGAGCAAUCCUGCGUUAACCAUGGAGAAUGAAACAUAACUCUUCAAGCAAAAGAAAUUUAUACUUUAUUGAAGGGUGUCAGUGUAGAUGGACAGAAGAAGCUUCCUACGAAGGCAUGCUGACCAGUUUCCCCACUUCUCCUUGGCUGGAUAUACAGAUUGUGAACUGAUUGGUUCUCCCCCAGCCAUCCCCUGAAACAUUUUCUAUACACUAUGCAGGUGGUUUCAACUAACACAAAUUCCUAUUAAAUGUUAAUACUAAUUAUGGCUUGUGCAUAUGGGGGUGGGGAAAGAGCUUCUAUCAUAAAAACUUGGAAUAAAUUCAUGGCCUAGAUUCCACCAAAUAUAUGGGUAGCACAAUUUA